AUGGAUACAUUUCUCGGUCCCUUUGAAGAAGCCGUUCUUCAUCCAGUCUAUGGCGCUAUACGAUCCGGGCUGGAAAAUACCCUCUGCCGCGAUGCUGGUCCGUCGUCGCCAUCAGGGCUGUCCAGGACGACCUUGCAAGGCUUCUGCUCCCCUAUUCAACACUCAUCAUUCUGGCAACCAGACAACUCCAUUCGGAGACUCACCAACGCCUUCCUCUAUCUAUGGCUCUCGACCACCGUCUCCUACCUUGUCCUCGGCGCCGUCUUGUACCGCCUCAACUUUGACGCCGCCGCCGCCGCCCGCGACCCCAAGUUCCGGCCAGGCCAGGUCCGCGGCGAGAUAUCCCGGUCUCUCGUCGCCAUCACGGUCAUGAGCCUGCUGACCGCGCCCAUCGUGCUCGCGCAGGCCGCCGGGCGCGCCCGCAUCUACCCGCUCGGAGCGGCGCCGGCGUGGUACGAGGCGCUGCAGGUGGUGCUGUUCGUGGCAUUCAACGACACGUGCGUGUACUGGCUGCACCGGCUGUUCCACACGCCCGUGCUGUUCCGGCUAAUGCACAAGAAGCAUCACCAGUACAUGACGCCGACGCCAUUCUCGGCAUUCGCGUUUGAUCCGCUCGAGGCCAUGAUCAUGAGCCUGCCGAUAUACGCGUUCAGCUUCGUGGUGCCCAUGUCCGACGCGAUGCAGCUGCUGGCCUUUUUGGCGGCAUACCUGUGGACAUUUCUGCUCCACGACGAUAGCACACAGUUUCACACGGUGCACCACAAAAACACAAACUUCAACUUUGGGCAGUACACGACGCUGUGGGAUCGAUGGGGCGGGACGUACGUGGACGCGGACGAGUUUCUCUCUCAGCCCCAGUAUCGCAAGGAGAAGAGGUCGCCUCGACCAGCCGCAGCUUCCAGCGCGGACCAGUAUGGCAGCCUAUAG